AUGGCUGAGAGGGAGGCGACGGCAGGCCUUCCGCGGCUGAGGAGGGACGAAGAGGCGGCGCUGCUCUUCGAGAGGGCCCAUUACCGGCACGACCCGCGCUGGCUGCUGCCCGUGCCCCCACGCCUCUGCCUGGCCUGCGCGCUGGAGCUGCUGCCGGAGCCCGGCGUGUCGAUGGUGCGCAAGAAGCAUGUGCUGUCCUGCUUUCGAGAUGCCCUCGUGAGGCACGCCUCCCCGGUCGUGCAGCUGGUGGCUCAGGAUCAAAGAGUCUGUAUCCACUUCAUGAGCAUGCUUUUCGGACUGUUAUGCAAUGUGGAAGAUGGGAGUGUAACAGACCUCUGUAUUGAGGUCCUUAUCCAGCUAACAACUCAGCUGAAGUUAGAGCAGACCGUUCGUUGCUUGCUGGAUGAGUGCCACAAAGAGCUGUGCAACAUGCCCUCCAUGCGAGGCAGCCUGUCCACCUUGACCCUUCUCGGCAAGUUGGUGGAUGCCAUCCCUGCUCUGGCAGACAAGCUUGUAAUGGAGCAUGGUAACCUGAUGGAACAUCUCUUGAGAGGUUUAGUAUACCCUAAUGAAGGGGUGCAAGCUUCUGUCUGUUACCUCUAUGGGAAGCUGUACUCCUCACCAAUGGCAGCUGAGAUGCUUUCAGGCCAUUUCCGGGAGAAGCUGUGUCCUCUUUUCCUUUCCACCCUGGAUGGUGCCCAGACAAAGGAGCUACAGAUAAACUGCUUGGGUUUGCUGAGGCAGCUGCUGAAGUAUGAUCUCUUUGUGUCCAUGAUCAUGAAGAAGUCUGUGCUGGCAGAAAGUAAUGAGAGUGUUGAGGUGCCACUAGGAGAGACCUCACUGCCUUUGGUGCUCAAAAAGCUUCUCCUCUCUAGAGAUGAGACUCUGCAGGUAGCCAGUGCCCACUGUAUAACUGCGGUGCUGGUCCACUCCCCAGCGAAGCAUGCCUCAGCCUUCAUCCAUGCUGAUAUCCCAGAGUUCCUCUUUGAGCAUCUUUCCUCUUCCAACGAAGUGCUUGUCUGGUCCAGCUACAACUGCUUGAUACUCCUGGCAGAAGAGCCACUCUUCUUUUCCAAGUGCCACACGGUGUACGGGAUCGAGUCGGUGGUGAGGAGCCUACAGGGAAGCCUGAGGACGAACAACACAGAGCUGCACAAGCAGGGCCUGCUGCUCUUUGCUGAGAUCCUGACUCGGCAGCCAGAGGAGAUCAAGCUGUUCACAAGCUCAGCCAUCUGCAGAGAUGCUAACCGUGCUCUCCAAGUGGCAGUGAGCAGCCCAGUGCUGGAGGUGGCCACUGAGGCAGUGAAGGCCACUUCUGCCUUUCUGAGGAAGGACCAUCAGAGUGCUCUACCUGUGCAGUACAGGGAACUGCGGGCCUUACUUGAAGCCAUGCUGAGCCGGUGUGCAGAUUUUUCCCAGACUCCGCUGAACAGGAGGCUCCUGGGCCAUGCCUCCAGCAGAGAUUUGGAGAAGGGCAUUCUUCGAAGGGGAAAGUUCCUCCUGAGCACUCUGGAGGGAUUUAGAAAUGCCUGCAGGUUGGCUGUGGAAUUCCAGAAUGAGCCUUCAGCCCAGGAGAAUCCAUUCACAGCUCCCACUGCCGAGAAAGAAGACACCCUGGAGGACUUCUCAGAAUUUCUUCUCAGUGCUUGUGACUCCCUGUGUAUCCCCAUGGUGAUGAGGCACUCAGAGGAGGCCACUCACCCAGGCUUGAUGGAAGUUUUCCUGUCGAUUCUACACAGCCUGUUUGUCAUCGUUCCCCACAUGAAGGAGAAGUUCUCCAAGAAGCUCGCUGCCUCAUCCUUCAUACAACUAACCCUGGAGCUGAAGGCCAGGUUCUGCAGUGACCUGAGUCACUCAGCCCUAAACCAGGUGUGUUCCAGUUUCCUGUACUACCUGUCCAUCAACCUCCUCUCAGCUCCAGAGAAGACAGGACCACUGUCCCAAGAAGAACUCUCUGCAGUGUCUGAGCUCCUGCAGCACGGGCUGCCCCAGAUAAGCAGCAGGGGCGCUGAAAGCCUUGCCUUCCUGUCAGAUCAUCAGUAUGUGGAGCAAGCUGCUCGCCAGAGACAGUACUGCAUCCUGCUCCUCUUCUACCUGGCCUACAUCCAUGAGGACAGGUUUGUCUCAGAGGCAGAGUUAUUUGUGGCUGUGCAAAGCUUCCUCCUGUCUCUGCAGGACCAGGGUGAGCAGCCUCCACUGGUGGUCUUCAGAGCCUCCAUCUAUCUGCUUGCAGUUUGCCAAGAUAAAGACAGUGCACUAGAUGAGGCUGUGGUCAGUGCCAUCAGAAAAUUCCUAGAGGGCAUUCCGGACCUGCACCUAGUCUACGCCCACCACCCCCUCCUGCUCAGGUUCUUCCUGUUGUAUCCAGAGCUGAUGAGUAGGUUUGGGCACCGUGUCCUGGAACUUUGGUUCUCCUGGGAAGACAGCAGCUACGAGGAGCUGGAUGAUCUCCCCUCUGCUGGGCAGCCCACACUUCCUGCCAGCUUAGCAGCCCUGUUCCACAUACUCAGAAGCAGCCCCAGCAUCCUGCUUAUUUUGCUAGACCUCAUCUAUUCCAGCCCAGUGGACACAGCCCGCAAGGUACUGAUCAUCCUGAGGACUUUUUUGAGGAGGAAUGAGGAUGUCCAAGUGGGUGGUCUCAUCCGAGGUCACUUCCUGCUGAUCCUGCAGCAUCUGCUGGUGGAGCAUGGGGCCUCCCCCUCAGGAGCCUCAGGGAACCUGCCAUUGCUGCUGAGCCUCCUCUCCUUAGUGCAGCUGAGGAAUGAGUCAGAGCAAGAACUGGACAGCAUGGCCAUGAAGCUCCUUCACCAAGUGAGCAAGCUGUGUGGAAAAUGCAGCCCCACUGAUGUGGACGUCCUGCAGCCCUCCUUCAACUUCCUCUAUUGGAGCCUUCAUCAAACCACACCAGGCAGUCAGAAAAGAGCUGCUGCAGUGCUCCUGAGCAGCACGGCCCUGAUAAAGCUUCUGGAGAAGAUGCUUGCGCUCACCUGGGCCGAGGCAGGCUCUCCCGGGACAGCACUCCUUUGCUCUGCCUGGCUGCUUACUGCCUCCUUCUCUGCCCAGCAGCACGAUGGCAGUCUGCAGGUUCACCAGACACUGUCCGUGGAACUGGACCAAGUAUUGAAGGCCCUCAGCUUUCCCAAGAAAAAGGCUGCGCUGCUCUCAGCUGCCAUCUUAUGCUUCCUGCGGACAGCCCUGCAACAAAGCUUUUCCUCUGCCCUGGUGGCCCUGCUGCCCUCAGGGACCCAGCCACCACUAGCCCCUGAGGACACUGUCCUAGCUCCACUUGGAACAUCACAAGUGCUGUCCCUGGUCAUCGGACUGCAGAACCUCCUGGUGCAGAAGGACCCUCUGUUGUCCCAUGCCUGUGUUGGCUGCCUGGAGGCCUUGCUUGACUACCUGCAUGCCCGGAGCCCAGAUAUGGCACUCCAUGUGGCCUCCCAGCCUUGGAAUCGGUUUUUGCUGUUUACCCUCCUGGAUGCUGGAGAGAAUUCCUUCCUUAGACCUGAGAUCUUGAGGCUCAUGACUCUGUUUGUGCGGUUCCGGAGCAGGAGCGUCCUCUCUCAUGAAGAGGUGGGUCACGUUCUGCAAGGCGCAGCUUUGGCUGAUCUCUCUACUCUCUCGAACAUCACACUCCAGGCUCUGCGUGGCUUCUUUCUGCAGGUCCAGAGCAUGGGCCUCCUGGCUGAUCACUGCAUGGCCCAGACCCUGCAGGCCUCCUUGGAGGAUGUUUUCCCCAGGGCCUUCUCAGCACAGCCAUCCCUACAGGACAUGCUCUGCCUGGGAGGGGUGGCUGUAUCCCUGUCCCACAUCAGAGACUGACCCUCAGGACUUGAAGGCCCAGAAACAGAACUAAGACCUAGAGAAGACAAAGCCAGGGCACAAGAGAUGACAACUGCAGCCACUCAUCUGGAGCCAUUUACUCCAUUGUUGAAAUGGAAUCAGGAAAUAAAAGGAUGCACUCACCUGCUUGUGUGGGCUCUCCGAAAACAUUUGUCAGCUUACCUUGGCUCCUCCAUCCUCAGCCGGGAUGGACGGCCUCCUCAGGGAGAGAGGGCACGGAUUUGUUUGGGUAACACAUAAGGAGCACCAGAGCCAGCUGGUUGCCUCCGUCGUACCUAGAAAACCCCCGU